GCGUCAUCAUUACUCGUCGGAAGUACGCGUGCGCACUCGGGCUCCAUUUGCUGAUGCAAGACACUUAUGGUAAAGAGGUUCAGUGCCAUUUAGCUGUUUAUUGUCACUAAGGCGCUUUUGAAGACACCAGUUUGAUACAGCGACCAUGUCAGAAGACGAGAUCUUAUUCGACCCCACCACGACCAAGAAAAAGAAGAAGAAGAAGAAGCCCUUUAUGCUCGAUGAAGAAGGUGAUGGACUCAGCGAGGAGACGCAGCAGGCCGAGCCUCGUGAGGCCGAGCCUGAGGCAGGAGAGGAGCGCGAGGUGGAGCCUGAGGAAGAGGAAGGGAAGAAAAAAGAGAUCACAGAUGACUUGGACGAUUUAAAUUUCUUCAAUCAGAAGAAAAAGAAAAAGAAGCCCAAGAAAGUGUUUGACAAUGACGUCGAAGAAGGCAUGAAGGAGCUGAAGAUUGAAGGUGAGCAGCCUGAAGUGAUGGAAGAUGAUGACUUGGACCUGAUGUUGCCAGCGAAGAAGAAGAAGCCCAAGAAGGUGGAAUUUGUCGAGGAUGGUGAUAUGGCUGAGAAGGACGACGCUCUGGAGGACGAUGAGAGUAAAAAUGCAGAUGGUAUCACGUUCAGCUCUCAGACUGGCCCAGCUUGGGCAGGUUCAGAGAGAGACUACACAUACGACGAGUUGCUAAGUCGCGUCUUUAACAUCAUGAGAGAGAAAAAUCCCGACAUGGUGGCGGGAGAGAAGAGGAAGUUUGUCAUGAAGCCACCUCAAGUGGUGCGAGUGGGAACAAAGAAAACAUCUUUCGUCAACUUCACUGACAUCUGCAAACUGUUGCAUCGACAGCCAAAACAUCUUUUGGCUUUCUUACUGGCGGAGUUGGGAACGAGCGGCUCCAUAGAUGGAAAUAACCAGCUGGUGAUCAAGGGGCGAUUCCAGCAAAAACAAAUAGAGAACGUCUUGAGAAGAUACAUCAAGGAAUACGUGACCUGUCACACGUGCCGCUCUCCAGAGACCAUCCUGCAGAAGGACACUCGGCUGUACUUCCUGCAGUGUGAGACGUGUCACUCACGCUGCUCUGUGGCCAGCAUUAAAACAGGCUUCCAGGCCGUCACGGGCAAGAGAGCGCAACUCCGCGCCAAAGCCAACUAACGAGGCGACCUCUACUCUUUCUGAUUCUCCUUUCCAUUACCAAACUUUGCGCUGCCCCAUAUGGCUACUUCAACUGCUCAGUGCUAGCUUAUUCUCAGUCAUGGACUUUGAGUGAACUGGUGAAAAAGUUUAGAGUGGAUUUUUGUUGUAAUCUAAAAGAAAACAUUAAAAUACAAUAAGCAGGAGGGCUGGACAGCUUGAGCCACUGGUUUAACGAGUCACAUCGUCUCUCUUUCUCAGAAAGACCACAGCUUUUGAUUUAACAAAGUAGUGUGAGAAGCAGGGGGCCAGAGCAUUUCAGACUCAUGAUUUAUUUGCACAUUGGUAGCAGAUUUCGUUCUACUGUUUUGAUUUCUUUGCAGGAAUGGUAUAGGUGGAAAUAUGGGCAAGUGACCUGUGUGCUGUCUGCUCCUGCUUUUUAAAACAGAACCACAUCACAGACCUUUAUGAUGACUGAUUGAGUUAGCUUUCUGUUAAGAGACCUGUAAACGACUUUUUUUUUUUUUUUUUUUUUUUUUUUUUUUUUUUGGGGUCAAACAGGCUUCAUAUAGAUUCCAUUAAGUGUGUUUGGAUUCAGCCUUGAGGAUUUGGAGAGCUCUGCUACCUCUGUGAUAAAACCCCGCUAGGAGUCUCGGGCUCUGGCUUCUGACUGCUAUGCUUAGGAUUUUGGUUGUUUACUGAUGAUCACACUGUUUAAUGAAGGUGACAUCCACAUAUUAGUUUCGAACAUCUCUACACAACAGAACAAUCCUGCACAAUAUUGAGAAAUAUUGUUGUAUGAUUGUGUAGGUUGUUUAGAAAAAAAAAUAUGGGCCAGGAGAUAUUACAGUGCAGUGUUUCAGAUAAAAGUAAGAUGGGUGUCAUUGUUUAAAACUGAUUUUUUAAUAAAAAUGUACUCUAUAACAACAGUA